ACAAAUUCCCUGGUGUGUGAGGCGGAACUGUCCUUAGGUGAAAAGCCAGGAAGGUGGCCCGGGUGGUCUGGAGCGGGGACAGUUUAGGGCUACAAUGCUUUGCGGAAAACACUACAGUCCUCGAGGAAGUUCCAGAAGCGCCCCAUGCUCGCUGAAGCUUCUAGAACCCGGCCACUGGGGAGACCGGCCGGAUGCUGGCCCCGCCCCUGCCCGGGCGGAAGUGCGGCCCCGGAAGUUGCCGAGCAGCGCGGCCUGUGAGAUAGACAUGGCUACCGAGGGGGACGUGGAGCUGGAGUUGGAAACCGAGACCAGCUGCCCAGAGCGGCCCCCGGAGAAACCGCGGAAGCAUGACAGCGGGGCAGCGGACCUAGAGCGGGUCACCGACUAUGCGGAGGAGAAGGAGAUCCAGAGCUCCAAUUUGGAGACGGCGAUGUCCGUCAUCGGAGACAGGCGGUCCCGGGAGCAGAAGGCCCGACAGGAGCGGGAGAAGGAACUGGCAAAGGUCACUAUCAAGAAGGAAGAUCUGGAGUUGAUAAUGACAGAGAUGGAGAUCUCCCGAGCAGCUGCGGAAAGGAGCUUGCGGGAGCACAUGGGCAACGUGGUGGAAGCUCUCAUUGCCCUAACCAACUGAAGCUUUCCCAGUCAUGUCUCUUUCGCUAACUUAUUGCAAUAAAGAGUUUUUCCUUUUGCA